ACCCGGCGUGGAGCGUACCAAAUUCCGGGGCCCGAGAGAGUCUUGGCUCUCCUAGGCCUCAUUGUGGUUUCCUGGAAAGACUCCGAUUCUGCGACUGUUUCAAGUCGCCUCCGAAGGUUUCCUGAGGGAACACCCAUUCGUUUCAUGUCCUCAAGCUCUAGGAAGCGUCUUAGUCUUCCCGUCGCUAAGAGAUGGGUAACCGGAAACGGAAGUCACUUCCCGGCUACUUCCGGAAGAGACUGUCAUGGCCGCCCAGGAGGACGUAGCGGCGUUACAGGAUGAAAUUGCCCGGCACGAGGAAGAGCUGGCUUCGCUGAAGCGGAGGCUGACUGCAGCUCUGGCGUCUGCGCCGGAGCCCGAGCGUCCAGUCCCGUUGCCGCCGCUGCUGCCCAAGGUCGAGCUGUCGCGGGCCGAGAUCCUCCGCUACAGCCGGCAGCUGCUGUGCGUGGCGUACGCGCGCGCGCUCAGCGAGGCCUGGGCGCUCGAGCUGGUCCGCGCCUACGACGUGGUAGCCGACUGCUCGGACAACGUGCCCACGCGCUACCUGGUGAACGACGCGUGCGUGCUGGCCGGCCGGCCGUUGGUGUCGGCCAGCGCGCUGCGCUUCGAGGGCCAGCUGACCGUCUACCACUGCGACGGCGGUCCCUGCUACCGCUGCGUCUUCCCGCGGCCGCCCCCCGCCGAGACGGUGACCAACUGCGCCGACGGCGGCGUCCUCGGAGUGGUGCCCGGCGUGCUGGGCUGUGUGCAGGCGCUCGAGGUGCUCAAGAUCGCCGCCGGGCUCGGGCCGUCCUACAGCGGCAGCCUGCUGCUCUUCGACGGCCUCGGCGGCCACUUCCGCCGGAUCCGACUGCGGCAUCGCCGGCCCGACUGCGCCGUGUGCGGGCAGCAGCCCACCGUGACCCGCCUGCAGGACUACGAGGCCUUCUGCGGCUCCUCGGCCACCGACAAGUGCCGGGUCUUGAAGCUCCUGGGCCCCGAGGAGCGGAUUUCCGUGACCGAUUACAAGCAACUUCUGGAUUCUGGAGCGCCCCACGUGUUGCUGGACGUCCGGCCUCAAGUGGAGGUGGACAUCUGUCGUCUGCCGCACGCCCUCCACAUCCCUUUGAAUAAGCUGGACCGGAGGGAUGCUGACAGCCUGAAGCUCUUAGGGGAUGCCCUCCGGGAAGGGAAGCGGAACUCUCAGGAAGGGGUGGCUCUCUCUGUGUAUGUGAUCUGCAAACUGGGGAAUGACUCCCAGAAAGCUGUGAGGGUCCUGCAGUCCUUAACGGCAGUGCCAGAGCUAGACUCUUUAACCGUUCAGGAUAUUGUAGGGGGACUCAUGGCCUGGGCCGCCAAAAUUGAUGAGUCGUUUCCACAGUACUGAGGGAGCCGCGUGCAGGUCACAUGGAUGGUUGUGGUAACUCAAAGAUCUUCAGUCAUGUAGGGAAGAGCCUGGGUCCAUGGCCUCUGAACAAAUAGACUCUUGCAAGGAGGUUUUUGAGAAAGCAGCCUAAAAUUGUUUGAGAGCUGCCUUGUGUCUGGGGCCCUUCUACAGUGUGCCUUCAGCCUAUAGUGUGGGAUGUAACAGGGUUUUUGUUUCCUCUCUGUGGCAAUCAAAAUGCUCUCUGGGCCAUCCAUUUUAUAUCUGGAAUUAAUUAGGACACAGUUUUACUUCCUCUGAGUCUAAUUGGAUUACUCACAGAUGGUACACUUGCAUUCAGCCCACGGAGGUAUUCUUUGGGAGGCUGGAGAAGUGACUUAGCAUUGGCUGCCCCCUCCCAGAGGGGAUCACUCUUGUGCUGGCUCACAGCUGUCUGUAGCUCCAGUCCCAUGAGGUCAGAUGUCUCCUUGCCUUCUCCAGCACCAGGCAGGAUCUUGGUGCAUAGACAUACAUGCAGGCAAAAACACUCAUAACGUUUUAAAAUCUAAAAAAAAAAUGUUUAAAAAAGAUAUUUGAGUCUUAUUUCUAAUUAAAGUGAUAGGAUAUACACUGUAGACAUAACUACAGAGUCUUUCAAUUAUCUGGAAAUUAGUCAUUCUAAAACCUGCUAUGAAUAUCAGAGUGCAAUCUUGGUAGCAAAAUAAAGGAAACUGAUUUGUGGACCAUCA